UUGCAUCUGCAGCUGCAUCGGCUGCUGCUGAUGCGAUUAUGUCAUCGCCGCUUGUAUCACUGAUUCGACAAGGUUCCAACGUGCCUUGCGAGUUGCGAGUUGAGAGUAAUUGUUUUGGUCGCCAGAAUGCUUCCACCGCUGGGCUCUGCCCUCCUCUGGCUGGCGAUGCUGCUGCUCCUGAUGGAACUGGUGGAGGUGUGGUCCGUUUGCUGUGCCUGUCCCGCGCCCCGCUGCAAAAUCCCGCAAUGGCCGUGCUGCACCAAGAAGUCCAAGUGGUACCACAAGCUUUUCGGUUAGGCAAUGGCCAACGCCAACAAUAUACUCGGUUUCUAUAAGUAAAUAGGUUCUGGGCAUAUUUACACCGAUAAUAUAUAUACUACAAAGCCAA